AUGAAGAAUGGUGAAAUGUUUUUAACUAAUGUGGAGAAGCGGAAAGCGAUAAUCAAGCAACAAUUUGAAUACAAACAAAAACUCAUAUCGUCAAAUAUAAAAUUACUGGAUAAACAUAUUCAGAAUUUUAAAAACCAUCGGAUGAAUGAACAAAUUUUAAAAAUUGCUAAAAAUAAAGAGAAAUCGGAUAAAACCAAACUUCGGAUAAAUAAGUUGAAGGACUUAGCAUUUUAUACAAGUUUGGAGUGGAAGAAUAAAAGAAAAAAUAGAGAUCGAAAAACUGUGGAAAAUAUAAAUAAUCUUAAACGUUCUUCAUUGUCUACGAAACAAGAUAAAGAAUUGAACCAAUAUUGGGCCAAAUACGACAGUCAAAUACGAACAAGGGAAAUCAACAAGAGUUUGAUACAGAAAUAUGUUGAAAACAAAGAACCAUCAGUGGAAGAAGAGGAGGCGAUUGUAAGUAGUAAUGGAAAUGAAGAUAUAGAAAUGGAAGCGGAAUCUUCAGAUAAUUGUGCCUACAUUCCAGUGAAUUUCUCAGUUUUAAAAGAUGGUGAUAUGGUUGGUUUUUCUUUCUUGAUACUCGUUUGUGAUGGUGAUGAUAGUUCAUUAGAUUUGCAAUGCUUUUCUAUUAAUGAUUUUAAAUCCGUGGAAAUGAACCUUACGUUAAUCCAGCGUAUUGAGAAUUUGAGAAUAAACUCUACUAAAUGCGAACAGGAUGCAGCAUUCUGGAAUAAGACGGCACCACUUUGGAACAAAAUGACAAAGUGUCUGCAGGACAACAUUGCCGAGGCAUCGACGGGCCUCGAAUCGGAACUGUCCGUUCCCAAAGUUUACUUGGAAGAAAAAACUCGACGUUCCCUGCUUGCUUUAACGAACGAUGAACACCCACCGUCGUUGAUGCAGCAGAUUAUGAUGAACGACGUGAAUUAUAGUUUAUCAGAUGCAACGAUGUUUGAAAUGAUAAAAAGGGCCAAAUUACUAUUAGAACCGGACACGUCUGCGGCCAACAUCAUAAACUUGAUCAGGCGUGUGACCGAAUAUGAGGCUGACGUUACUAACAACGUUAAUUAUUUCGUGACCGGUCUCGCAGAGAGGGCCGUAUUCGAGUUCACGAAGAAGAAAGUUGCCG